AAUAUAUUGAUCCGUUUCAAUCUAUAACAUUAGUAAUUUAUCCAUAUGUUGUUCCUUGUAAGGGAGAAAAGGGAUAUGUGGGUAAUUGAAGGAAAAGACAAAAAUAUAAGUACCAUGGAUUUUACGUAGUUAGAUUAGAUGAUUUGAAUAGUAAUUGUUUUUAGAAUGGAAUGCAAGAGAAAUUGGAUAUGAAAGUUUGUUUUGAGUAUCACAUAUCAACAAGAGAAAUUGGAUAUAAAAGUUUUGAGUAUCGCAUAUCAACAAGAGAAAUCGGAUAUGAAAGUUUGUUUUGAGUAUCGCAUAUCAACAAGAGAAAUUGUAUAUGAAGUCUCAAAAUACAUUACACAUUGUUAAACGUCUAAAACAUGACAAAUAUGGUUUAUAAUUAACCCGAAGUUUUGACGAACUUAAUUGUACUUGAUGAAUAGUCCUACAAGAGAAACCAUAUUUUAACGUGCUAGUGCUACCUUAAAACCCACUUUACGAACAAAUAAAAUAUUGAUACAUAAAUGUGCAUUUAGUCGUAUGAUUUAUAGUAAUUUGUGUUAUAGCUUUUCAGUUUGACUAAAUUCCUUAGUAUUAAUGUAAUUAGUUAUUGUCUCUAUGGAAAAUAUAAGAAAAAUAUUAAGUUGCAACGUACUCCAUGAUCGUGGUGACACAUCCAUCUUACAAGCCAUCGUGCUCCCAUGUAUACUCUUCUACUUUUAAAAGAUAUUAAUUAAAUUCAAGAAAAUAGUUCCAAGAUAUACAACACCACCAUGGACACAUUCUCCACCUUCAUCUUUCUAGUUUGUAUACAUUUAUGCCUUGUGUAUUUUUUGUGUAAUUAUUGGGGGAAAGUCUUUGUUGCCUCCAUGGAAAUUGUGGUAGAAGGACAAAAUCAACCCAAAAUUGCACUAGAAACGAUAAAGUUGUAUGAAAUGGAAGAUGAUCGAAUCAGUUUGUUGCCAAAUUGUUUGCUUCUUGAAAUCCUCUCUCGUUUACAAUGUACAAAAGAUGUCAUUAGAACAGGUAUACUCUCCACUCGAUGGAAGCAUCUUUGGAAUUCGGUUCCUACUCUCACUUUUACAUAUAUAGAUUUCAAUCACCCUUUGUCUGAUUUCGUUUCAUUCGUGGACAAAACCCUAACUCAAUGCCACGAAUUGAAGCUCAAGAAAUUUGGAGUGUAUACAUGUUAUGACAUUGAAUUUGAAUCUCAGUUCAACCGUUGGAUUCGUUAUGCCAUAAGUUGUAACGUUGAAGAGCUUAUUUUGAAGUUAUGGUAUCCAGGAUCGAAAGCCGAGUUUCAAUUGGAUCAAUCUUUAUACAUCAGUUCAUGUUUUAUAGAUCUGACAUUAGCAGGCUCCGUGUUUAAUCCAAUGGGGAUGAUUAGUUGGAAAAAGCUUAGGAGUUUGUAUAUUUCCGAUGUGAUUUUAAAUGAAGAUUUGAUCGAAAACAUAUUAUCUGGGAGUCCUCUAUUGGAAAAUUUGGUAUUAGAUGAUUGUUAUGGUUUUAGUCGGCUUGAUAUUACAUCAAAAAGCGUUAAGAACUUGAUGUUGGUGGGAUACAUGGAUCCGGAUGAUGAUUAUGCUAAUAAUAUUAUGCGAAUCAAUGCUCCUGAUAUUUUAUCACUAACAAUCAAAGGUUGUUUGUUGAUGUGGAAGAUUUUGUUGUUAAACAUGUCUUCUUUAGUUGAAGCUAACUUUGAUUAUGAAAAGUUCGGGUAUUAUGAGACAACAUCUGAAGAAGCGGAAGAAGAUAUGCUUAAAGGAUUUAUAGUAAAUUGUCGCAAUGUCAAGGAGCUUAAAAUUGGGUUUUUCUGUUCUAAGGUUCUGGCUCGUUUGGAAGCUAAAGGUUUUGUUUUUCCAUCGAAUAUGAACUUUCAACCGUAUUGUUGUGUUCCAUCACCUUCUUUAUACUCUGAUAGUGAUUCAUUAUUAGAUAGUGAUUAAGUUGCAAGUGGAAAUUGGGAGGUGUUCUUGUUUGAUCAUGGUUAUAAAGAUGAUGAGUUUAGUUGAGUGGUGAUGCUUUGAAUUCAUGUUUAGGCUAAAGAUUGUGUUUAAGGCAUUUCAAAUGGAUAUAAAUUUGUUAUCCCAUGGGCUUUUGAAUUUUGCAGUGUGACUACAUAAUGAAGGAUGCUAGAUGAACAUGUGAA